UCUAUUGACUCCCAAGCAACAUGGUAGUCGGGUGGUAUAUUGACAAAACUGUUGCCGGGAAACCGAAGGCAAAAUCACAAAUCUGAGUUCUUCUGAAGCCGAUUCAGAUUCAGGUUCACGUCCAACCCCUUUACACUUUCUUCUAAAUUAGAUUGUUUGCUCCCUUAAAGAUGAUUCAGUACGAUACUGUGCAGAUUAAGAAUGUGUCAUGGCAGCCCGAACUGCAUACGGAGGGCACCUAUGUGUGCUCCUUUCCGGAGCCCCCGCUGCCAGAGGCCCACCUGAAACCGGGCACCUGGCAUGGCCAUCUGGAGCCGUAUCAGCGGCUCUUCUAUCAUCAAACGAUGAACUCGGUGCGCUCGAGCAAGCGGUACCGUGCCAAUCCGAACAUCCCGAAGGAUACGCUGGACUUUUCGCUGCAGUCGCGGUACGAUCAUACCCGUGAAGCAUUUCCGGGCAAGGUGGACUACGUGAUGCAGCGGGAGACGUGCCGGGCCAUAAGUAGCUGGUCAGCUCCUGGGGCGGCCAAGGAAGUUGGUUCCCAAAUCAAAUCAUUUCGGGUGUUGCGCAAUACGCGCUUCAUUCGGCGCAAGCAGGAGGACAUAUUGGGUCAUCCACUUCGCAUUGGCGGUUGUAAGGAAAAGAUUCAUCCGCACAGCGUGAAGCUCAUUUGCAGCGGUGUCCACAACCAGCUGGUCAACAAUGGAUUCUCGCGGCAGACCUCCGACGGCAACUUUUUCCGCUAUUAGUUCCACAAAUCUGUUUGCUUUCCCAGAAAAACUACCAUUUUGCGUUUUGGGUUUUACAAACAUUAUUGGAAAUAAAUUUGGGACACAGAAGCAGUCGUCACGCAGUCGCCUCCAGCUUGGGCUGCUUUGGCAAGUGCUCCACAUCUUCAUCAUUCUCUUCCUUCACCGCUUGUGGAUUGUCCUUAUGGUCGUCCUCCGGCUGUUGCUGCGACGCUUUGUGACGCUGUUUCUUGUUCUGGUUACGGUA